AAUUUCACUGGUGUGGCGUUUAGAAUUCAGUUAGGUUUUGACGUGUCACACUAAAACUAAUCUAUAUUUAUAUACAUAUGCCUAAAACUCGGUUAACAUUUCAGGGGCCACUCAAAUAAAAUCUAUGGCGCACUUUCAAAAAUGGAUACUGGUAACGGUUUAAUGGAUCGUUUUCUCAUUAUGGUACCAUCCUCAAUUCGACGAUUACCUUAUGCACAAAUUGAGACCAAGUCGCACUUAGAUACACAUGACAUCGUUGGAGUACACAAAGUAUGUGAACCAUUGGUUGAUUUGGAUCCCAAUAAUCCAACACUCCUGUAUUUCAGCGAAGAAGCAUUACAUUUUCUUUAUUUCAAUUUUAUAUGUUUUGAACAAAUGGAAUCAGACUUUAUUUCUGAUUUUAACAACGCAUUAAGAGAAGGAAGGCCUACUCCUAAGUCAAAGAAGAGUGAUCUCGUCCCACGCAUCGCAGCAUCUAUUCACACGUUGCAUCAAGUUUUUUAUUCCAUUGUGAAUAAAAGACCAUUUGCACUAACUGAGGAAAUUACAAAAGAAAUUUUAAUUAAGACCAUCCACUUUGUUGAAAUCGCGGAGGAACAAAAGGAAUUUUUUUCAAUGGUAAGUAUAAUUAUCAUAAUACAAAAGUAUCUUUCCUUAAAAUAUAGAAAUAUAACUACUAAUUCUUAA